AUGCCUGCCGACCUCGUGGAACGUCAUGGUGAGGGAUCACUGCCCGUACCACAGUUGUGUACUUCGGGAGACAUCAGCCCAAGUAAGCGGGUCGAAGCUAUACCCGCCAGCAUGCUUCAGCAAGCACUGCCGGGCAAUUCUUCUGUGAUGGCCAAAGUGAUGCUCGUACAGUCCCAAUGCGCUGUUAUGAACUCAGGAGUUCUUCAUGAUCCGAGCCACACAUGCGACGAAGGAGAUGAUGCGGCGAAAAAAGUAUGCGAUUCCGGAGACAGUGCACAAAAUUCGGCAAAGUGGUCUUUCUUUACUAGAAUAAUGGGCUGUCUGCGUUCGUUUGGAUCGGUUUCGCGUGUAAGAAAUCCCAUGCUACUUACGGAAUCAGGCAAGUUUUUAAUCGCCUUCAACCUCACUCACACUCCAUCUUCGAAUGUUUCAGAACCACCUUGGGAAGUCUCCUUUGAUACGAUCACCGAUUUAGAGUGGAUCGGUUCCGGGGCUCAGGGCGUUGUGCUCCGCGGCCGUUUACGUGGAGAAACUAUUGCUGUGAAGAAGGUGAAUGAACAGCGAGACACCGAUAUCCGACAUUUGCGCCAACUCCGGCAUCCAAAUGUAAUCCGAUUUAAAGGCAUUUGUUUGGAACCACGUUGCUUCUGUAUACUGAUGGAAUACUGUCCCAACGGACAGUUGUACGAGCUACUUCAUUCAAAUGCGUUCGAAACGAGUCCGCCUCUUGUACAAGACUGGGCCAAACAGAUUGCAACCGGGAUGCAAUAUCUGCACACGAAUAAGAUUGUCCAUCGAGAUUUAAAGUCACCCAACAUCUUGGUUGGUCAGGAUUACGUACUGAAGAUUUCGGACUUUGGCGCCUCACGAGAAUGGACCGAACACUCGGUUAAAAUGUCAUUCGCUGGGACCGUGGCAUGGAUGGCACCCGAGGUGAUACGGAAUGAGCCUUGCUCACUGAAAGUGGAUGUGUGGUCGUACGGUGUCAUCCUCUGGGAGCUGUUAACUGGCGAAAUUCCCUAUAACGGUGUGGAUUCCAGCGCCAUCAUCUGGGGUGUGGGGAGUGGAAAACUUCGGCUCUUAGUUCCUGCGAGCUGCCCGACCGAAUUGCGAAUACUCAUCAACAUGUGUUGGAAUAACAAACCACGAAGCCGACCGAGCUUCCGGCAAAUUCUGUCACACCUGGAGUUUGCUUGUAACGAUCUGUUGCAGUACAGCCGGGCGGAGUUCCUUGCUGCGCAGCAGUUGUGGAAGGAGGAGAUCGCGCUUCAGUUAGAGGACAUUCGCAUUGAAGGUAACAACAAUCACACGAAGCCGGAGGUUCUACUUCUUCGUCGCAGACGAGAAGAACUCCGACAUGCUCAGGACCUCCGUCGCCAUUACGAUGACAAAUUGGAACGAGUCAAUGACCUGUGCACCGAACUGCAAAUGUUGAUGCGUGAGGUCGAAGAGCAACGUUGUCUAGCCAUCAAGGAACGAGAACACUAUGAAGAACUCUGUCGAAAGAUGAAUAUGCAACUGGAGCUCCAGUUCGCCCAACUUUCUCUACCUCCCGUUCAAAGUGAUUUCCAAUAUCUAACAAGCGUCCGUUUAGAGCACCACAAACAAGCAGUUCCUUCCGUACCUCGUUGUUUGAACUCCUCUGGAAGUUUAAGCCUGAAUGCCCUGGAUCAACUGGAUUCCGUUUCAAACAUGACUCCGGCCACACCGUCUGUUCCAAUGUCCCAGUUCAGUCUGUCCAUGAAUGCUAGUGAUUUCAAAACCCGUUGUCCCGUUUGUGGAGCUAUCCGCAACCCUUGGGGUGCUCGUCCUGUGAUGCCCAAUUUCAAAUCCGGCUGGAAAGCUAUUUCUGCUCUGGCGCGUGGUAUUUUCACUACGAAACGUGGCGUGAGGUCAAACCAUCCGCUGAAAACGUACCCUAGCAGGGAAACACUUAAUCUUCAGAUUCCUUCACAAAACUACUGUGAUUUUGUGAGUACGUCGAACAAGGGUGGCCGGAACCGGGAAGAGCCUAGUGAUGCUUUUUCCACAUUUAAUACUAAUGACCGAUCAACCGUGAAAAAUUCGCAAGCCAGUUUCCCACGAGGACAGUUGAAUAAAAUGGAUGGUUCACCCGUUGACCGUCGUUACACAUACUCCCCGCGAUCUUCACAUACAACUUCGAGCAGCGGAAUUUCUUCAGGGAUUAUACUGAGUCCGAAUCGAAACCUGCCAUUUAAAACAAAGUCCUCUGAGUCACCCAGCUUGCAAAAACGGCCAACAGAGACUGGGGUAAGGAAACCAAUCCUUCAGCCGAUUCCCCAAUCUGUGGACUCGAAUCCUGCAUUUACGGAGAACCAUCGGACCAUCGAACCGGCUCAACAAACCGGUGUUCCCCCCGUUCUUUCAAACGACUGUUGUUUGCCGUCCUAUCAGCAACUUUCAGGUUGUGCAGCGGCAACCCGACACAUUGUUUCCCCCAAUUCCAGUUCCCCAUCUAUCCUGCAUAAGCGCAAAAGACAAAGUCAAGAUUCACUCCUGGAUUCGGUGAGGUCUCUAGCCAGAUCAUCCAUCUCGAAUUCCCCGGGAUCCUUCCAUGCUGUUUAUCACCGUACUCGAGCACUUUCAGAGGGUGGAUCGGCUUUGAAUACGUCCGACACGGACGAUGCCACAUGUACACAGUUGAGUCAGUCUGUCAACAGUGAACUAAGCCGUCUGACCGUUGUUCCGCAUUGUCCUGCACUCAAUCAAGGCCCCCAGUCGGAUACUCUGAAUCCAAUCGUCCUAGAUUCUCCAUCGGUCUCCGUUUACCCUGCAACCGCCACUGUUACAGCUCAGCCAGUUGAAUCCUGCUCAUUCGACGUGGAUCAACCAUGUCCACGUAGUCCUGCCAACGAAACCCCUUCACUCAGUUCCAGUACGGUUUGCCCUCGCACUUUUCCACUUCUUGGUCAGGUCUCUCCCCUUUGGCCGCGCGAGCGUUCGAGUCGAAAACCCCAUGUUUAUGCUACCUCUCCAAGUGUUUCUGAAGUUGUCUCUGCUGCCUCACCUCCACGCCCAGUCAUUUCUUUUUCCGGCCCAAUCCCCACUGGUCGACCUGACAGGCUGAGCCUCCAACCGGUCGGUGUCAGCAAUUCCAAUCACGAUCCACGACCAUCAGAAGAAGCAUCACUGUCUAAAGUCGUGAUGCGAGCUCAGCCUGGUCGCCGAAGGCAUAUUCAAGAAAAGAACCCCCUAGUGGAGGAACUGCUAUCCUCUGAGUCCGACGCCACGAAUUCAUCUCCCGGUUGUCGGGCAUGUGUUGCAUACAACGGCCGAAGGCACUCUCUACCCUACUCAGUAGGUGCCUCUUCAACGCCAUCCUCAGCAUCUGCAGAUACCCAUACUCACCUGAGUACCGAAAACCUAGCACGUGAACUCCAGGCGCACAUGAUAGACAGUCUUAGCGACAAAGAACAUCACGUCCGUUGCGUGCGUAAUCGCUUCUGGCGUCAGAAAGGUUACACAGGUCAAAUGAUUGCUUGGGAAAGUGAUGGAAAACCCAGUCCGAUCAUUGUCCUAUCUGCUGAUCUGCAACAGACGGCCUUCAAUCCCGGUAAUAGCAGCCUUCAGGCAACUCCCGGCGCCCUUGUCAAUCCGAGACGUCGUUCAUUCGAACCGACUGCACUGCGGUCGGCUCGACUUUACGCCACACAGUCGUUACUGUUACCCAAUUCCAUCUCAACAACCACGGGAUUGAUUUCGAGUAUAUCCGAGGCUGAUACUGAUCUCAGUGAGUUUUUGGACGAUGUCCCCCAGGAUUUGUCUACAGUCCCCUUGAGUGUCAAUUCGGGUUGGAAUGGAGACAACGAGCCUCAAUCAUGUUCCGGUGUUGAACUGGUCUGUCAUCGAUCUAGUCCAAACUCCCCAAAGGCUGUUUGCGAUCUCAAUGAAAAUGGUGAGACAUCAGCGCUUGGUGAUGUGCCCACCUCGAUGGCACUGCCUUUAACCACAAAUGCAACCGAAUUCGGCGAUUCCAACUCCCAUCGUAAGGUGUCUCAAAGCGCCAGUUGCAGACGUUGCACCACGUGAUAUCUGAGUCAUCUCCUCUCCAGCCUCCCCACGCGGAAUCGCCUGUUUUGAGAAUGCUAUUCGCCUUUUUCAAAAACCCUCCCAUUAUGCAGAGUCCGGGUUUCAUUUCUUUCCUUUUUUUCAUACAGUCAAAUUUCACUGUUCAUGCUCUGUGAUCAUUGCUUACUGCUCAUCGAUUUUUUCAUCUCCAUUUGACGUUCGUUUUAUUUUCUUGGUGAUUGUAUGUAGGCAAUCUGUUAGAUUCUUAUGCGCCGCAUUUGUUCUCACUUCACGAUUGACUUUGAUUCCCUUGGUGCCUUGUUUUCGUUUCAACUCUGGUUUGAACAAUGUGAUUAGUGCGUGAUUU